AUGCGCCACGUCGUUUUUAUCUUGGCUGGUUCAACUGGCCUGGCCUUGGGGCAUAGCCGCGUGUUGAACUUCGUAGUCGAUGGAGCUUCCUAUGAAGGCUUCAACCCGCAACGGACAACACCCAAAGCGUUGGCAGCGUGGGGCACGUCGGUCAAGAACGACGGCUGGAUCGGCACAGAAAGCUACGGCAAGCCAGACAUUGUAUGCCAUACCAGCGCUACCAACGCGCGUGCCCACGUUCCCGUUACCGCCGGAACCACCAUCGGCUUCCAGUGGCAGGGCUGGCCCGAGUCUCACCACGGCCCAGUGUUGACGUACUUGGCAUACUGCGGGGAAGAGGCCGGAUCCUGCGAAGCCGCCGACAAGACAAGACUGAACUUCUUUGCCAUCGACAAGGUUGGACUCGUCGACCCCGAAGCCAACGCGACCAGUUUCGCAACUGCGUGGGGAACAUGGGCGACCGACAUCCUUAUCCAGAACAACGCCACCUGGACGGUGCAGAUUCCUCCCAAGGUCGUGCCGGGACACUACGUCCUCAGACACGAGAUCAUUGCGCUGCAUUACGCGCGGGUUUUCGGACAGGGCGCGCAGCAUUACCCGCAGUGUGUCAACAUCGAGGUUGUGGGCGAAGGGAACGUUAAGCCCUCGGGCACCUUGGGGACGCACUUGUAUCGGCCUGCAGAGGAAGGUCUGGUCUACGACAUUUCCCAGUCGCCUACUGGGACGUACAAUAUCCCGGGCCCGACAGUCUACGCCGGUGAGAGGGCUUUUGUGUCCCAAACCGGGAUAGUCGUCAAGUAUUCGGCGACUGCGAUAAUACCCGGCGGUGCAGUAUCUACCGGAACGUAA